CGGCGACACUAUGCCUCCCAAAGCAUCAGGAAAGGCUGCUAAGAAAGCUGGCAAGGCACAGAAGGCCAUUGCCAAGGGCGACAAGAAGAAGAAGCGCAGGAGGAAGGAGAGCUACUCCAUCUACAUCUACAAGGUGCUCAAGCAAGUCCACCCAGACACUGGCGUGUCCUCCAAGGCCAUGUCAAUCAUGAACUCGUUCGUGAAUGACAUUUUCGAGCGCAUCGCUGCCGAGGCAUCCUGCCUGGCACACUAUAACAAGCGCUCCACCAUCACCAGCCGGGAAAUCCAGACCGCUGUCCGUCUUCUUCUGCCUGGUGAACUGGCAAAACACGCUGUUUCUGAAGGCACCAAGGCUGUUACCAAGUAUACCUCCUCCAAGUAAACAGGCGGCCA